ACUCUCUAUAUUCAUUAUCAAUGCGAUCCCACAAACUAUCACACCACAACCAUGUUUGAAAAGCUACUGUCGAAAUUAGAAGACCCCAAUUACCCUCUUCUGGGUCCAAACAUAAAAUGCCUGAAAUUCUGGGGGCUUUUAUUGCCAGAAGAAAAGACUUUCAUGAGAAAAUUUUACAUUUGCGUGCAUUCAUGCAUGUUUUGCUUUAUGAUAACCGAAUUCAUUGAUAUCUGGUACAUAGGAUCUGACAUGAACCAACUGAUCACCAACAUGAAGAGUACAAUGCUCGCUAUAGUCAGCGUAAAUAAAGUUGUAACCUACUUGUGGUGGCAGAAAGAUUGGAAAAACAUCAUGGCUUAUGUCACCAAAGCGGAUAUUGAAGCCAGAACCAGUACAGAUGAAGAGAAUAGAGAAAUAAUAACUGUGUACACGAGAUAUUGUCGUAGGAUCUCGUAUCUCUACUGGUUGUUGACGUAUACGACAGCGGCGGCGGUGAUAGCGCUGCCGAUGUCUUAUUGGUUUUCAUCGUCUACGUACCGUGACAACGUGAGAGAUGGAACUGAGGACUACUAUCAGGUUGUCAGCUCUUGGGUACCGUUCAAUAAGAAUAAACUUGGAGGUUACCUAGCAGCGUCAGCAGUGCAGAGCUUCGCCACCACGUACUGCGGCGGCUGGAUCUCCUCCUAUGACACCAACGCCAUCGUCAUCAUGGUCUUCUUCAAGGCUGAGCUUCAGCUGAUCAAGAAUAGAUGUUCCAAGAUCUUCGAAGUGGAUGACGAGGAAGAAAUUAUGAAUAGGAUUAAAGAGUGUCACAGAAGACACAAUGUAUUGGUAAAAUACGUAAAGCAGUUUGAUUCUUGCCUGUCGCCGGUAAUGUUUCUCUACAUGAUAGCUUGUUCUGUAAUGCUCUGUUCCAGCCUUUAUCAAACCACGUCGCAAGCGAGUUUCACACAGAAGCUGCUGACUACUCCGUAUCUGCUGCUCGGAGUGUCGCAGCUGUUCAUGUACUCGUGGCACGGAAAUGAAGUGUCCUUCAUGAGUAACGAGCUGAUCCGGGGAAUAUACGAGAGUGGAUGGUGGAAGAAGGCCACAGUCCGUAGAGAGAUCAUACUGCUUGUUGGAACUCUCGACCGACCCAUAGAGUUUACUGCUGGACCGUUCUUCAAUCUCACUAUUGCUGUGUUUGUACGGAUCUUGAAAGGAGCCUACAGUUACUACAUGAUUAUUAUCAAGAAGUAAAAGUAAAGUUAAUUUACUAUUCACAAUUAUCAAUUUUAUAAGCACAUAUUACAUAUACCUACCAUGGAAUCUAAUUCCAUCUAGUUUACACAAAUAUUGUAGCUGUUAUACAUACAUAGUCAAAGUAAUGAAAAUUCUGAAAUUUUAUUUUUGCUAAACACAAUAAGUACCUAUUUGAAACAAUCACUGUACUUUUUACACUGUACUUAUUGUUAUUACAAAUCUAGUAGGUAAAAUAUAAAUAAAAUUAUGAGGUAAAAUUAUUUUGCUAUUUUCAAACCCUGCUUAAUUAUGUUUGAUAGUGUUUCAUUAAACUUAACAAGCAUUUCCACUGUUCACUUAGCAAAGACUCGUCCAGUUGAGAUUUCCACAAUCACUGGCACUCUUAAAACUAGAGUGCUAGAGUUAUAUUUUGCUUGGAAAUAAAUUGGCAAAAUAGCCAACUUACGAACGACUUUUCCAGUGCUUCUUCAAAGGAAAGAUCUUGGAUGCAUUUCUGCUAAAUACAGUGUGUCCACCAACCCGCACUA